AUGUUGUCCAAGCGCCUGGCUCUGUUAGGGGUUCGGUCUGCGAUUUCUGUCUCUAAAUCUUCUCGAGGUGUCGGCUCCUCUUACGGCCUUAUUGAUCGUCGUCGUCUAUUCCCGUACCGCCAGAUUUCUGAUUUCACUAAAGAUUCAAGUCCGCCAAGUAAUUCUCAGAUGGAAACUCUUGAAGACUACCUUGCACCACGCGUUAGCCAACUGAUGGAAUAUGGGGUAACAAAUGCAUUUUUGAUAUCUUUGAGAAAACCUUCCGAGUUUGUGCUUUGCUUGUUUUAUCAUCUCAAACACAAUUGUUCCAAUUACAAUGUUGGGGAUAGUCUUCGUACAUGGGUAGAAAGAAAUCGAGCCGAGGUUGAGACGAUGCGAGUCGAGCAAGCCAAGGCUGGCUUUCCUUUUGUUUAUAGUCCUCCAGUUUGCUUUUCAAAUCGGUUUGAGGAUUCUCAGGACCGUGCCCGUCGCUUCCCCGGUUUUGAAACUUUUUAUGCCGAGUUGGAGAAGAAUAGGAAGCUUUUAGCCGAGCUAGAGGAGCUGCGGGAGAUGCGCUUACAGCUGAUGAAGUACGUAACCCCAGCUUUUUAA